AUGGCGGACGCCGCACCACACACGGGCUCCUUCAGCCCCAUUGUGACCUUUAAGGAUGUAUUCAUCGACUUUACUAGAGAGGAGUGGGACCUGCUCACUGACAGUCAGAAAUGCCUGUACUAUAAGACGAUGGUGGACAACUUUUCACUGGUAAUGUCAGUGGGACUUGACUAUUGCAGAUAUCAUUUGAUUUCUCCACCAGGGCGAGAGAGAGCACCCGAGGUUCCUGCCAGGAUAGGCAUAGCUGGGGCAGUGGGAGAGGUAAGCCAGGAAAGCCCUGGCCCUAGCCUGGAGGAUAGAGAUGCCUCUUCUGAGCAGGGUAUGGCUAUAAAAAUAUCAAAUGUGCAAAGUCUGCAGGUGGUGCUUUCCAUCCAAAACAGCCACCUACGUGACAUGUGUAACCCAACCUUCAGUGGCGUUUUUCAGCCGGAUGGGCAGCCAGAAACUUCUUCUGAGCAGCAACCACAUACGUGUGGAUCAUGUGGAAGAGCUUUCCCACUCAGUGUAAGUCUUGACCCGAUGGAGAGGUGGCAGAGUGGAGGGACAGUAGCUAGAAGAGAAAGGGACCAGGCCUUCUCCGUGAAUAGCCACAGAUGCCACGGGUUAGGGAAGGCCUGUACCUGUGAGAAGGGUGAAGAAGACGUCUCAACCAGUUCGGGAGUUGUGCAGCACCGUGGUACUCACAACGCGGAGAAUCCAUGCACGAGUACUGAAUGUAAGGAGACCUCUCACACUGGACAAAAGGAGCACCAGUGCAGUGGAAGUGAGGGAGCUUGUAACCAGGAGGAAGGUGUCCAGCAGCAGGAAUUCUACAUACCAGAAAUGUCUUAUGAAUGCAACACAUGUGGGAGAGUCUUUAACUGCAGAGACCUAUUUAAUAAUCACCAGAAAGUCCACACUAGAGAGAGGUCUUCGAAGUGUGACGAAUGUGGGAAAACCUUUUCCCGCAGUUCCUAUGUUAAAAUACAUAAGAGACUUCAUAGUGGAAUAAGGCCUUUUGUAUGUAACGAAUGCGGAAAAUCAUACAUCAGCAAGUCCCACCUCAAUCUCCACAAUAAAAACCACACCAUAGAAAACCUGCAAAGAAGACUGAUUGUAGGAAAUACGUUGACGAUACCAGCCUUGGUUAACGUGAGAGAAGUCACACUGGAGCAAGGCCUCAGUCAUUCAGCAAAUGGGCAAGACAACGUCGAUUACCAGGUAUGUGGAAAGUCUUCAGGAGCUACUUUAUAUUUUCUAACCUUCCCAGAACCUUCCCUUGGCCUGAGGUAUAUCCUUGCUAGUGUCUGUUGUAGAAACUGCCCCACUUCUACCAGCAGACAGACUAAAGACCAUGUGGCUCUUACGCCAAUGUUCUUAGCUGAGUCCAACUGA